AAAGUCUUCAGAUGGCCUCCGCAGCAGUGUUAAAUUUGCCUUGCAACAUCAUGGACCUGGCGCCGGGACCGGCGAUGCUCUCUGGAGGCUUUGCAGCAGGUGUUGCCUCAUAUCUUCCUCAGGACCAACCUCAGCGCCUGCAGCGCCAAAAUCAGCCCCAACCUCCCGUGCAGGGGUUUGUAUCUCAUCCGCAGGGACGCCUGACCGAGAAGCGCAAGCGGAACUGGAGCAAGAAGCGCAAGCAGUCUGGAAGUCAAGUCCACCAUCCAAGUCAGCUGGAUGCGCUGGCCGUCAACAACAGGCAGAGGACGAAGCGCCACUACCCCCAGGGUCAGGAGACGCCUCGCACAGCUCCCCGCGCCCCGUUCAACUCGACGACCGACAUGAUAUUGGCCAGACAGAAAGAUGAUGGAGCAAGCUUGGCGUCAUCCCAGGGAGCGGCAGAGCACAAGGACGCGCAUCUGGACUUCUUUGGCACCAACGAGGUUCUGCUUAUGCACGACGCCAGUGCUUCUGAUUCUGCUUCAGACAGCAGCGACAGCGAGAUGGAGCCUGGUGCAGAGGGGCAAGGAGAUGCAGCCUUGAAGCCUCGCCAAGAUCAGACAUCCUACAUCAUGUCACUGGAGCAGGAGAACAUGGCACUGAAGCAGCAGAACCUUGAUCUGCAGGAGCGGUUGUUCCUACUGCAAGAGCAGCUGCGCAAUGGAGCAGAAGAUGCGCAUGGGCAAGCUGUGAGCGAUGAGGACGAGAGGGAUCAGGAGAUGGCCGCAGAAGAUCAACGAUGACGUGUCUGUAGCUGGCUAAGUGUACCUACCGGCACUGCAGCAUCCUGAGUGCACAUCUUGC